GUUUAUUGCUAUGGAAAUGAUGGAACGUCGAAAAGUCGAAUGCACAUUUAUUAGCUUCUAAUUUUCUGGAUGUCCAAGGCGAUGGAGAGUACGAUGUUAAAGAUAAGUAAAAUUUUCAGAUGAGAUGUCGCUUUCCUCGGUGUUACCGGCUUUACCGGGUGUUUAUACCCAAAAGAACAACGCGAAACAAAGGUGAGUUUGAUGUUAAGCACUGGAUGUCAUGAAGUUGAGCAUGCAUGCUUUACGAUGUUUACUUUGGUGCUUUUUCUUGUAUCUUUAUGGGUUUGAUUAGCUAUUUUUCAUUGAGUUUUUUAAUCUUGCAAUUUGGUUAACUUGCCGCUGAGUUUUACUUAUCCAACUGUAUCCUUGCUUGCUUAUUAACAACUACACAUGUUAGGUGCCUUAAAUCUGUUUGUGCACAUUUCAGUUAGACUCUUGUUUACUUUGUCAGUGAUGGUUCAUCUCAUAAGCGUAUUUCUCUUUUUUGGUGGAUCCUAAAUGGUAUCAAGUUUUCCCGUUUUGAACAGGGAAAACCAAAGCCCAGAAGAAAUAAGUAUUUUUAUCAGAUUGAAAACCAAGCAAUGGUGCUCAUGUAUGGCAGAAGGUCGACCUUUAUACAAUUAAUUUUGUUUAAAUAAACAAUAUUUUGUAUUGCUCAGCAUGCGCUUUCAUAUUUGUUUGAAACACAGCAGGUCAUUUCUUAAUUAACAUUCCCACCUGGAAACCCCCUGGGUCUCGCGCCAUCGGUCAGGCGUGUGGCCAUUUGCGUACAGAAAAAGGAGAGACUGCUCGUAGUCUAUUAAUUCCAGUCGUUAUGAAUUUUUUUGUGUGCCAUUUAUACACAUGAACCCAUUAGUUAAUUAUUGUCGAUUAAUUUGAAAUAUUUGUUUCAUAAUUUAUCCCUAAAAGGCCACUAAAGAGAAUGAUAACUGAAUUAUUUAAUUCUUACAAUGUAACUAAGAAUGUUGCUGAGUGUAAUGUGUAAUGUUUUUAGGCUUAUUGACACAACCAGCAAUGCUGCCAGCUCUACUCAUUCCAAGAAAAGUAAGAGUAAACAUCACAUUAACGCCGAAAAGCAGAAAGCUGAAGCUGAAGCUAAGGCUGCUAAAGAACGAGAAGAGGUAAACACUUGCCUUUACUAAGGAUGGUGUUAAGGGGGAGGGGAUGGGGGGGCAAUCCUAUAAUGAAGAGGUGGUGAUACUCAUCAAACAUUUAAAAUCAAACCCCUAAAGGAGACUAAUCAGUGCCUGGGCCCAGGGGCCUCACUCACAUAUUUUAAUUUUAUUUUAAUUUUGGGAUUUUUUUGGGUAUAAAAUAUGAACCUCUGUCGGACCCCCCCGUCAUUAAAAUGUGUGAGUGGGGCCCCUGGGUGCCUGGGUCAGGCUUUAUUUGACCUCCAAAAGAAGCCAUACUCCAGCACAGUAUAACAACAUUUUGUUACUCACAACCUUGAGCAAUACCUUAAUGGGCAAGGAAAAUUAAUUUUCAAUCCUGAACACCUCAAAUAAUACCAAAACCUACAAUUUCUACCCCCUAAGCAAGAUGGCUUAAAUCUGCACCACUUUCAUUCCUGUUCCCCUGGGGAUGGUGUUCAAUGAUGGGGCCAAGGGUGGUUGGGGGUACUUUGGGCGUGGCUCUGCAGGUAUACUGUAGAUAUGUUACAGGUCAAAAUUAAAUUCAGAUUAAAUUUUUUUAACCUAGGUUGAUUCUCAAUAUUUUCUUUGUCUCCUAGCCCUACUGUAAUUCAUGAAUAAUCAGGGCUAGGACAAAAAGGAAGAGAAUCAACCUAGGUUAAAAAAAUUUAUUUAGAUUUAAAUUUGACCUCUAAAGUUAACCUUCAAUUAUUGAAGGUUAACUUUGGAACUCCUUCCAUACAUUUCUGCUUAAUGUCAAAAUAGCUAAAUGAAAACAAUUAACCUCUUGAAUUAACUGUAUGCCUGUUCUGUUCUAUAUUUUGCAUGUAGCAAUGCAUCCGUCUGUACGAAAUGUGGUCAAAACUCAAACAAGAUGAGAAGGAUGAACAUUAUCAAUAUCUGAAGGAAAGGGUCUCCAUUCAACAUGAAUUAAUCAGAAGACAAGACAUUCUGUUUAAAAAUCGCCAGGCAAAAAUAGAGCAAAAACGAUGGCAGGUAUGGUGAUCGAUAGCUUAUAGUAUUUUUAUCUUAGUUUUAGUUUUUUGUUGCCACAAACAAUUUUUAAAAACUGAAACAGUUUUUAUUAAACCAUUCCAGCCUUAGCUAGUAUUUUUAAUCUUUAUAGUUCUAGUUUUAAACCUUAGUUGUAGUCUUAGUUUUUAGCCAUAUUUUAGUUUUAUUUUAAUGUAAUUUUGUCCUUUAUUUUAGAGGACCCUCAUGAAAACCACCUUUAGGUGAUUGGAUCAGGGCUCCUCUUAAAAUAUCCUGUAUUAUUUAUUAUUAUUUUAUUAAUAUUACCGUAAAAUUCCGAAAAUAAACCCCGGAGCUAAUAUUUUUCAAAGGCCCUUUUCGAGGGGAUUAUGUUUGGAGGGGCUUAUAUUCGGAGUGGCUUAUGUAAGGAGGGAAAUUUGCGUUUAAAAAUCAAUUGGGCUAGCCAUUUCUAGGUAGGAAAUUUACCUUUUUUCUUUGUUUUACUUUGCAUUUGAGGGCAAUUUCCAAGUGCAAGCCCCCGGGGGGGGGGCUUAUAUUUGGAGGGGCGAUUUAACGGAGGGUUUUUUGCAUUACGAGUUUGAGGGGUUUAUACAUGGAUGGACUUAUUUUCGGAAUUUUAUGGUAUAUUAUUAAGAACCUAAGACUUCAGGUUUGCUGUACAUGUAGUAUGUGAUGGCAUAAUGUCAUUAUUCAUUCUGUUUUAUCUGCUUAAAGAAGGCUUAGACUGAUGUCAACAACUUUUGUGUUGCAUACCACAUAAUACCAUAUUAUUAAUUAUUUAGUUGAUUUCUUAGGACUAAAUUUUAUUAUGAAUAAUUUAUUAUAAACUUUGAAUCCUUUUAUUUGCACCAAUUUUCCUCUAAGAUAAAUUUUCAGUUUUAAGAAUCAAAAAAGUGUUAUUUCAGAAGUGUUAAAAAUAUUGUAUGCUUUGUUAGUUAUAGUAAUCUUUGGUGACUCAACUGUGUGCAAAAUGUUAGUAAAACAUUUUGCCUGUCUGGGGUCUAGUUAAUAUUAGAUGCAUGGUUUCUUAGUAACUUGUUUUACAGUAUGCAGGUCUAAACAAUCCCUUAUUUUUUAUGUAGUUGAAAGAAGCCAAACGCUUAUCAAGAAUGGCCAAAUCAAAGGAGUAUACAGACUUUGUUAAAGAUGUGUUAGGUAAGGGUAUAACCAAUUUUUAAAAAAAAAUAGUGUUGUAGAAUUUAUGCAAAGCAGUCAAACUGUACCUCAUAUUGAAGCAAACUAGUUUUUGUUGCAUAUAAAAAAUAACAUGUGCCAUCAAGGUGUCUCAACUUAAUAUAAUAUAGAAAAUACUCGUGACAAUUUUGUGAUCCACACACUUGUAUGUAUAAAAAUAAUAUUUAUGCAUAUUUCCCAGGUUCUCAAAAUGCCAAAAUUUAAAAUUUAAGUUCUUUGCUAUUUAUAUGGGAAGCCAUUGUAAAAUCGAAUGUAUAAUGUUCUUCAAUCUCACUCUUGCUGCAAUGUCAGUUUAUCUGGUGUGGAAAAUUCAUUAAUAUAAAAGCGUUUUUGUUGAGAAACAAGAGAAAAACUUUCAGCAGGCAUUAAGACUUAAAAUAAUUAUUAGUCUGUCAAAAUUGCGGGAAGGAAAAGCGAACCUUAUUCAAGCUAAUCUAAAAUGUUAAAGGACCUGCUUGAAUAGUCUCAAUACUAAAUUAUGGUUAUAAACCAGUAAAAGGCGCCUAACAUCAUCAAUAAAUCAUUUUUUCUUGCCAAAACUGAUCUCUUUCACGUUCACAGCUAAAGAUAGGAAAGAAGCCCUCAGUUUAAAAUCACAUGUACGUGUUAUUAGCAGUCAUGAACCUGGACGCAUGACAAAGCUAUCAUCCGACCAACGUAACAGUUAUACGAGCUCCAAAACUCAAUCUCCAGCUCAACUCAGUCUAGGGAGUAGUCAUGGUUCAGGAUAUGAGAGUGCGUUAUUGACAGACAACUUUAAGGAACUGCUCCUUGAUCCUGUUGAUAUUCAGCUUAAGAAGUUACUAGGUUCUGAGGCCGAGGAUUUUUUGCACCCAACAUUCCGUGAAGGAGCCAAGAAGACACUUAAUCCAGUGGUGGUGAACAGAAAAUGUAUGUAACAUGUUUGACGUUAAUCUUCUCAGUAGUGACCUAUGGUUUUUUCAGGAGAUUUCAAAGAGAAAGCAACGAAGACAGCUCGUGUCAUUUUAGGAUUUAAUCUACAACAGAAAUCAGAAGUUUGAACAAAAUGUAAUUCAUACUGCAGCUUGAUUAAUUAGUCAGACCACACGCUCAGGUUUAAUAAGUUAAAAUGGUUAAAGUUAAGGAUUCCGAUAGCCUCCCACGCAGGCGUUUUUAGGGGAGCUCGUGUUUCGUCCCUCCCCACAAACGCCUUUGGGGAGGGAUGGAAAACGAGCUCCCAUGAAAACGCCUGCGUGGGAGGCUAGGAUUCCGAUUGCAUGGUUAGGGAAGAAACACCCGGAAUCACCGCUCUUUCACUGUUCUGAUUCUUGUUAAAACGUGUGCGUUUAAGUGUCUGCGGUAUUGCUGUAGCAGGUCCGCAUCAGCUUUACGUAAACCUGCUUUAUCGAAUAAAAUAAUGGUGAGGACGACGAUGACAUUGAUGAUGAUGAUGACGAUGAUGAUAAUAGCAAUUAUGAUGAUGGGUCCUCACGUAUUUUCAUGUGUAUUCCAUUUCUUUCUUUCAAGUAAGUGGCAUUGGAGCAAGAGAUCUGUGGGGUACCCUGAGGAACAACUCGCAAAUUAAACUUCAAAAACAGGACAAUAUGAUACCCCCGGAUGUUAAGGUAAUGGUCUUAUCAUAUGGGAUGGGUGAGAGAGGCUAACACCGACCACAAUAAAGAUGAUAAGGACAGAAUCGACAUUACACGGGUUGUUGUAAUUUUGUAAAAUCACCACCGUUCUCGUGUGAAAUAAUGAAAGUAAAGGUUUUGUCAAUGACGUGAACACCAUAUUUAGUGCCUAUUUUUUUUUCAUUUGAGCUAAAAUGGUAGCGUUCCUAAUGCAGUUUUAAACAACUGUCCUCUAACAUGUUUGUUUCAUUCUUCUUUGUUCAGAAUGCUUAUAAAGCUUUCUUGCGAGAGUGUUUCCACAACAAUGUCCCAACAGCCCGGAGAAGCUUCUGUAAGGAGGAAGUUGAGGUAUGAGAUCAGAUAAAAAAAGAGUAUUUUUUUAUGAAUAUCCUGAGUUCUAUUUUACUAAACAUCAAACCGUAAAAUAGGCCUCUUGUACGGAACGGUCCGUCAUAGAACAAAAACACCUUACUGGAUGCAAACGACGGGUAACCGGUCAUUUCGCUCCCGAUUUUCGAGUCAUUUGGCGCGCUUUAGAUGUAAUAUUCCUCGUUCUAUAAGCCAGAAUGCAAAUCAAACGUGUUUCAAAUGUAAUAUUCCUCGUUCUUUAACCCAUAAACUAAAACAAGUGCGCUUCUAAUAUAAUAUUCCUCGUUCUAAAAAAGGAAGCUAAGUAAUUGGGGAGAAAUGACUUGGUGGCGAAAUGACCGGUAACCAAACGACGCAGUGGAGCAAGAACAACAAAGAGAUUUCAUUAUUCAAAAGGCUAACAUCUUUCUUUUCAAGGUUCAACUGCAUUGUUUGCGAUACAGCAAGAUAUUUUUGUACCAUGUGACCAUUUUGUGCAAAGCGCUCAUUCCAAAAUGUAACAGCCGUAAUUCAAGAUCGCGGUGUCACUUUGAAUUUUAGUCACUGAAGAAAACAUUAAUAUAAAUUUUCUGGAUUUUCGUUAGGGCUGCUACAUACGGGGAAUGGCUAAUCAGAGAACUUAACAUCAGAGACUUCAAAUUUUGAAAGUCAUUUUCGGGGAGUCGUUACUGUAAUUGUUGCUUCUGGAACUCUACGGUUCUGUACAGUUCCUGAGAAAAACUGAGCACUUUCGUAGUCAAUAUUAAUUUUUCUGUGGAUCUUUAUUGCGUCUUUCUUUAUAAAGAGAUGAUUGUCUCAUGCUAGAUCAGUAUACUUCAUACUAACGCUUUUGUUGUUGAAUAAGGUUCUUGAUGAAGACCGCGCCAGCGAAAGCCAGUUAAUUCAGGAUAUUAAGUUCACCCGUCAUCGCUUGGAACUCAUGUUUCGAGUUGCUCACAUGAACCGUGAUAAGACGAAAUUACUGGUCAAAAGUAUUGAACCAAAGGAACCUUCUGAGGGGACCAUGAUCAGACCACCGAGGUACAAUCCACGGCAAAUAUUGGACAAGACAAAGGUGAGAGUUUUUUAAAAAUGUUUAAAACGGAGAUACAACCAAUGGAAUCUCUCUAAUAUAGUUCUAUACUCUUAGCAAUAGGCAGGUCCACGGGAAAUUAUCAAUCAGUAGCUUUGAUUUAAAUAUUUAACCCCCCUCCCCCCACCCCACUGUCUCAAGAUCAAGAACUGAGAUUCCCUUGUACAGCAUAAUAAACAUUACUGCAGGAAACUGCUCUGUUUACGUAACUUUCAUUUUAAUGGUCACACUUUAUCCACAGACUCAAAUUGUCCAGAAUGAUGAAAGUAUCACGUGAAAGCAGGGCUACAUCAGUGGCUAUACAGUGUAACUUGACUGGUUUUAGGGUUUUGGCAGAUACUUUGUUUAAAGCGUAGUUGUUUUGUUUUCCUUUUUAGGCGCACCAUCUUGUACCAUUACCUGUCUUCGCAUUAACAGACACAGAAGGAGAUAGCCACUCCGUUCAAAUACCGCCGUCCCCUCGCGAGGCCAUCCUCCCACUUGAAAAAGAACAAGACGUUAUCGUCGGAGGAGAGAAAAUCAAGUUUCUAACCGAAGAAAUGGCUACUUGUAAAGGAGAGUUUAGUAAACGCCAUAACGCCCCUGGAUGUUCUUCAGAAAUGGAACCUGUAACCACGGGGUUACCGAGAGGGAUCAAUAUAAGAGGAACUCUGUCAGCCCCUGCUAGUAGUAUGGGCGCCAGGGAAGAAAAGAAGACCCAAGGAAAGCAGUGGGAGCCACUUAGCCUAAGCGCACUCUUGGAGUAUAACGCUCCUGUUAACGCCCCCGGCGAUGGCGACUUUCUUUAUGGGCAAACAAAAACCUGGAAAAUACAAUAAUAGCAGGUUUUUGGCUUUUCUCGUCUUUACACCUCAUACCAGGCUGGACUACAUUAAUAAGGCUGGCAAGACAAUUGGAGGGGGCGAGGCGAAUAUUAAGGCAUCUUCUUGGGUUCCAUUGUAUCAUAGUACUAUGAUUGUACAGGCUCGAUUUUGCCGCUUAGUCGGGUACGGUUUUCCAAGGAGAGGUAAACUCCAGGUUAUUCCCGAAGAGCGGCUAGAAUUCGAGCCUAUUCGUGUGUGGGUUGAAAGCAUUGCGUGACUCCAACCCGAGCGGCUGCGAAGAAGCGUUGUGACAAUGUAACAUCGACCCAGGGGAGGAUCUGUCCAGCGGUUUUACUGAAAACAAGGGUUUGUGGGGGUUUCUCAUUCUCGCGGGCUCACAAAACCUCCCCUAGGUCGAUCUUAUUUUGUAUUUGCCGCGAAAGAGACUGUCCUCUCACAAGUCGUGACUGAGAUCACCUGGAGCGGCUUGUCAGAUGGGCCAUAAGCAUACCGUUGUGGAGUCACUUUUGUGGGGUCACUUUGCUCGUGUACGAGAGGGAGACACGGGUGUCUCCCUCUCGCGCGCUCGUUCUUUCUUGCGCCCACUACUUCCAAGUGCCUGCUACGCAGGCUGAAGCAAAAUGAGUUACUUCGCGUGUAGUCGUUGUCUCGUAAUCUUGGCGCACUGAAAAUCACUGUCUCAUUUCGAGUGGAGCUCGGGAUGUGCUUACAGGGUAAAGGGUAAAUCAGAGUCCGAUUCGUAGACACCUCAGAUAAUGUGUAAAUAUCAUCACUGUAAAUAAACGCUAAUGAUAUUUUUAUUUAUGUUUUAAUAAAAAUAUACAGAAAAGACAUAAAUUCUUUGAUGUAAUUAUUGUUCCUUUUUCUGACGUAAUGAAUGAUUUUACCAAUUACCACAGAAAGCCAUGAAGUGGUGCAAACAUACAAAUGAGAAGAGCCUCUCUACAGUUGGUCAGGAGGACAGCAUUGUUGUGACCCUGAUUGCCGCCAGAAGCGAAAGACUUUCUCAAAGUCCUUCGCUUCUCAUUUCCAGUUCCAGUAGUAAGGCCUGCCGCUCCCUGUUGCCGCAGAAAACAUAAAAAUUCUCCUACUCGCGCUUUUCGCGCUCGAGAAAAAUUUUGAGCUCCACUUGAGGGCAAGUUCAUUAUUUUAUUCCCUAGAUGAGCCGUAAAACUGCAAUCCUUAUAUGGCGGAUCCCGCGCACUGAGGUGGGUGUCCUGUGCUUACGGCCGAAGAUUGUCCCCAUCGCUGAACUAUAAAAGUCCUUGCAAAAAAUCAAAACAGUCNAAGCAUACCGUUGUGGAGUCACUUUUGUGGGGUCACUUUGCUCGUGUACGAGAGGGAGACACGGGUGUCUCCCUCUCGCGCGCUCGUUCUUUCUUGCGCCCACUACUUCCAAGUGCCUGCUACGCAGGCUGAAGCAAAAUGAGUUACUUCGCGUGUAGUCGUUGUCUCGUAAUCUUGGCGCACUGAAAAUCACUGUCUCAUUUCGAGUGGAGCUCGGGAUGUGCUUACAGGGUAAAGGGUAAAUCAGAGUCCGAUUCGUAGACACCUCAGAUAAUGUGUAAAUAUCAUCACUGUAAAUAAACGCUAAUGAUAUUUUUAUUUAUGUUUUAAUAAAAAUAUACAGAAAAGACAUAAAUUCUUUGAUGUAAUUAUUGUUCCUUUUUCUGACGUAAUGAAUGAUUUUACCAAUUACCACAGAAAGCCAUGAAGUGGUGCAAACAUACAAAUGAGAAGAGCCUCUCUACAGUUGGUCAGGAGGACAGCAUUGUUGUGACCCUGAUUGCCGCCAGAAGCGAAAGACUUUCUCAAAGUCCUUCGCUUCUCAUUUCCAGUUCCAGUAGUAAGGCCUGCCGCUCCCUGUUGCCGCAGAAAACAUAAAAAUUCUCCUACUCGCGCUUUUCGCGCUCGAGAAAAAUUUUGAGCUCCACUUGAGGGCAAGUUCAUUAUUUUAUUCCCUAGAUGAGCCGUAAAACUGCAAUCCUUAUAUGGCGGAUCCCGCGCACUGAGGUGGGUGUCCUGUGCUUACGGCCGAAGAUUGUCCCCAUCGCUGAACUAUAAAAGUCCUUGCAAAAAAUCAAAACAGUCGUAAACUUCAUCUUUUCGUCAGCAAUGUUAAGAUGUAAUUGCAAAGUUACGUGGCUUCAACACAGUGGCAAAACAGAACAAGAUUUCAUUUUUUCAAGGGUUUCAUGUGACCCUUGUCCCCAGUCCCUUCUCCGUUGAUAGGGACGCGUUAGAAGACUUUCAAGAUGGCGGCCAAAGAGCACGUUUUAUUUUGAAGGACAUUUGGUCAAUUUUGCCAGCUGAAAAUGUAAUUUUUUCCCUCAAAUGUUUUUCCUUUGCUGUGUAUCAUCUUAGAAAAAAUGGGAGUCACCUGGUGAGUAGCAUGAUCGACGAUAGGGAUGUAACGACAAUUAGUGUCAAGCAUAAAACAGCAACAAAUUCUUAUUUUUCCUUUCUUUUUACAAAAAGUGUCAUUCCUGUGGAACUACCAGAGGGCAAGAGUGGCCAGCAGGCAUUUGCUAUAGAAAAAUUACAGAAGCGUACAGAGUUGAUGGGUGCCACCAAAACUGGGACUUGGUGUGUUAACUGUGAGACUUAUCAAGCUAUCACAACCUUUAGUAAGUGUGUAUCUCUUUCAGAUUUACUGAUUAAAGGUACUGAGUUUUUUUGUGGGGACAAAGUUUUAAUUAUCUCCUGUGUUCCCUGUGCACAUUAAGAGGCAAGUCAAGCUAGUGAAACUGUUUGGGAAUCUUUUUGAUAAACCACAGGCGGUCCAAACUCACGUUACGAGGGAAGGGUGCAAUGUAAUUUACCUGCGUUACAGGCGACCGUUGAAAAUAUAAGAGACUUUGUAUGAGAAAUAUAUUACUGAGAUUUGCGAACGAUAAAUAACGCUAAACCUUACUUUUUCUUAAAUGAAAUGAGUAAAAAAGACUUACCUGCAAUGUAUUCCACUGCAUUUUGGUGUCUGUUUGUCGUUUUACUGAUUUUUUUGGCUUUAUGGCGUAACCGCUGUUAUUCCUUUCAUAGAACGAAGUGAAAGGCUGGUCACUUCGAUCUGUCGGGGUCCUGGACCAGUCGCAACAAGAAUGCCGUUUUUUUCGCAGAAAUUCAAAUCCACUGCAAACUUGUCAGCUCCAGCCCAAGAGGGAAACCUCUUCUUCCUCUCUGGAAGAUCAGCUUGAAAAAAGAUCCAUAAUUUCCCCAUCAAAUCGAGCCAUUUGUGCCAGACUUAGAGACACGUCUGGCUUUCGUCCAGUGCCUGUGACCACUGUCGCACUUACCAACUAAUUUGCAUUAUGACAAUUGGGUCUUACACGACGGGUGCCAGGGCGGAAAUGACACGUCAACUAGGCUCUUGCACUGUGAAAAAGCGAGUGCUUGCACCCAUCGUGUAAGUGCCAAUUGUCAUAAUGCAAAUUAGUUGGUAAGCGCGACAGUGGUCACAGGCACUGAACAAAAGCUCGAUUUGAUGGGGAAAUUAUGGAUCUUAUUUCAAACUGAUCUUCCAGAGAGGAAGAAGAGGUUUCCCUCUUGGGCUGGAGCUGAAAAGUUUGUAGUGAAUUUGAAUUUUGGUGAAAAAAACGGCAUUCUUGUUGCGACUGGUCCAGGACCCUGACAGAUCGAAGUGACGAGCCUUUCACUUCGUUCUAUGAAAGGAAUAACAGCGGUUAUGUAAUAAAGCCAAAAAAAUCAGUAAAACAACAAACAGACACCAAAACACAGUGGAAUACAUUGCAGGUAAGUCUUUUUUAUUCAUUUCAUUUAAGAAAAAGUAAGGUUUAGCGUUAUUUAGCGUUCGCAGAUCUCAGAAAUAUAUUUCUCAUACAAAGUCUCUUAUAUUUUCUAUGGUUGCCUGUAACGUGACACCGGCGCGUCACCUAUGGUAUGUAAAUUACAUUACACCCUUCCCUCAUAACGUACGUUUGAGCCGCCUAUGGAUAAACGAACCGAGGCACUGAGGAAUCGAGAGAAGCCCCCAGGGUUGGAGGGAGGGGAAAAAAGGCAACUUGAAGGACUGAGUGAGAAAAGUGAUUGGAUUAUGACAAGUCAUGAUGUCUGUUAGCACCCAGCCGGCGAAAUUGGGCUAAUCAUGUGACAAGGCAGCUGCAGCCAGGUUGCCAAACCAAAAAAUACAAUAUUUAUUCACAGAAUUUGCGUGAAAAAGAGUUAAGUUUUCAGUGGAGGGCUGAAAGGUGUUAUUCUUGUCAGACAAAUUGGCUGCUAUGACGUCAGCUUCAAGCAGCAAUAUUUUUUUUUGUUUGUUUGAUCUGAUCACUUUUGGUUUUUUGUUGUUUUCCACUUCAACUAAUCAGAAGAGUUUGAUUCCUCUUUAACACCAAAACAUGUCUAUAAUACAGUUACUUCACUAUUACAAAGACACCUACUGGUAACUUCAUACAAUUUCUGUAUGUAAUGUGGACAUCCCCAUAUUAAGAAGAUUCUGAUUUUCUCUGUUGCCUGCUAAUUAAGAAAAACAUCUUUAAAACAUUUUUGUACAGGAGUGUGCUUGAAUUUACCGAGGUCAUAAUUUCUUUGAAACACUAUUCUGUCAGGCACAGCAAGUAAGCUGAUUCAUCUGUUGCACAGCACUGAGUUUCCUUAUUCGUCAUUUGCUGUAUUGGAAACAGGAACCUGCCUUGUAGCUGAUUCGGGCUUUGACUCACUUAUGACCAAGUUAAAGACAUUCUAUACACCCAGAAAAACUGCCAAGAUUGAGGUAACUUAAUCUCACAAACCACCUUUAUUGAAUACCGUAAAUCCUCUAUUAAGCCCCCCCCUCUCAAAUAGGCCCCCUUCCUCAAAUAAGCCCCCCCCCCCUUUUAGGGGAAGAACGUCAAUAAGCCCCCCNUUGUUUUGGAUUGUUUUUUUUACAAAUGGGAAUUUUGGUUUUUUUUUUGUCCCUCGGGUCAUGACCCCCCACCUUUUUUUUCUUUGCCUUUUUUUUUUUUUUUUCUUUUUUUUUUUGGAAACCACCCCCCCCUUUUUAAAAGAAAAGGGCCCCCCCCCCCCCCCCCAAAUGGGCUUAAAAUGAACAAGCCCUCCAAGGGGCUUAGUGGAGGAUUUCCACAGAACUGUAGGCUUAACUACAAGCCGCUGUUCGGGAAAAUGAGUCUGCACUCAUCCCCUCAAAGGAGCUCUCUUCAGGGAGGAUCAAAGAUUGGAUCCGGGAGAUGGCGGAAAUCAAGUCUAUCAGAGCUGCUAAUUUAAAUUCAACUCUCUCCAAGACCCUCAACAUUGUUAGGACUUAUGUUUGAGUGUAGCAAUUAGUCAGCAAGAAGGUGUGACCAACCGUGUACCAUCAUGAAGUUUUAGAAAGGUGUCCCGUAAGGGAUAGCUGACUGUAUAAAUGGUUUCAUCAUGACCAAGUGUAUUUCCAUACUUUCAAAAAAAGUAACCUGGGCUGCUUACUUGAAAUCUGAUUGGGCAGUUUUGUCGGAGCAGCUGCAGCUACUAUACCUAAACAACAGAUGUGAUUGCCAAGUGUGAGGGCAAGGUGACUAAGCAUUGAUCAAUUUUUGCAUUUCCAUGCCCACACUGAGACCCGCUUAAGGCCCACACUCGGUGCAAAUUAUCUUUCAUCUAACAGUAACCUUGACUGUGACAGGGGUGUAGUUACAGGGCUUCUUAGGGUGCUUGUGACUCCCCUUUAGCAGAAAGAAUAUUAGAAAAUUGAUAAACCAAAGUACAUGCAAAAAUCCAAAAAUUCACCAUUGUUGAAUGACGAUAUUUCAGUUUUCUUGUAUCCAAAUUUUUUGCAAAAAUCAUCAUUUGAAAGCUCACUUCGUUGAAAAUUUUCUUUGUAUCAAAUAGAUUUGGUCAAUGGUUUUUAUAUGCAGCGUGCAAAGAAAGUAGUGUCCAAUAGCCCGGGACUAGUGGAUUUUGCUAUUGGGCUAGUGAAUUCUGUCCUUAACUUGCCCAACGGGCAAGUGAAGUAUUUUGAGAAAUUCAACUUACCGAAGAACUGUGAAAUCAAUUCUGCUCAUAAAAAAAUUGGGGGGGCUAGUUGAAAUGAUGUUUGGACUAGUAGAUGCUAGCUUCAGCUUGCCCGACUGGCAAGCUGUAAAAAUGACUUUCUUUGCACCCUGAUAUAGGUCAACAUGAGAUUGGAUAGGUACCUUGGGUGUUGCAUCCCUCCCCCUUGAAAAAUCUAACCUUUGCUCCUACUGGAAGCAUAAGUGGGCAUCUCUUUUGAUUUGAUUCUUAGGCCAAAGGUCAGCGGUAUGAGUAUGGAGAUUUUGUUCUUAAAUUUGGCCAAGUAUCUGCAGGACCAAGUUUUAAAGGACUUGUCAUUGAGGUAUGUGACUCCAUAUUUAGUAGACAUUACAUUGUCAAGAAGUCUGAAGAUGUUUGCAGAUUCCCUGACCAUUGUGCUUCUCAGUAAAACGUUAUAGAGACACUAGCUGCAGCUGUUCGCAUGCAUUUAAGGGGUGUCCGUUCUGAAAGUUGACUGUAAAUGGAAAGUGUCUUUAAUGAGAAUUGGAAUUGUUUCCGUGAAUCUAAAAAAACUCCGGCCCUCUCUUCCCUCCCUCUUCUCCUCAAGGCACCCCUCCCCCCAAUUAACUCCUUGUCUUUUAGUACGAACUGUUUUUUUUUGUUGUUGUUUUUUUAACCUGUUGUAGCUGGAAUAUCAACCAUGUGAUGACAUCGCACAGUGCUGGAGCCUGAUAAGUGAAUUUUUAAUCAGCUUCAUGGACGAAUCCUUUGUUCUUCCGUCCCCUCCCAAGUGCAACUACAAAACGACAGAGAUGUUUUGUCCUUCAGAUACCAUUCUUCAGUACAUUGCAGUGUUCAAUACUUACAGAAAGUCUAUGGGUGUUGCAGCGGGUUCUUUGUCACAGUAA